AUGGCUUCUGGCGACCCACCGCCGAUGGGCAGCUCGCCGCCGGCACCAGCGGUGGCUGCGGGGGACCCUUCCGAUCGAUCCAGUUUGGAUUCUUGGGCUCUGCGUCGACUCGCUCACCUGGAGGAGGAAGUGGUGUCCCUCCGUGCCGAGAAUUGCAAGCUGAAGCAUGACUAUGCCAUGAGCCGAGCUGCCGAUGCAAGUGCUGGCACUGGCGAGCGGCAAAGUCCUGUGGCUGUGGUGCGGCGCCUGCGCGACAUACAACAAUCAAUGCGAAGCAGGCCACUUCUCGAGGAUCGUCAACGGCCACACCUCAGCCGGUCGCCUUCGCCCCGGCAGCCGCAGUCUGCAAGGGCACGGCUGCAUCGCAGUUCAUCUCCAUCAGGCUCGCAGAGCACCGGCCUCCACCAGACUCCCUGGAGGAAGUACUGGCCCAAAACAGGCCAUGAAAGCGCACGGAAGGGAGGACACAUUUGGGAUGCACCACCCGGCAGAAGUCCCUCACGGCCUUCGAGUCCAAACGUGCGGGGACGCGCUCGGCCCAACCGUCACUAUUGGCAGAGUAAUGUGCCUGACCUCGCUACGCUGGACAAAGCUCCACAGCCGCGGGACCGCCAGCCAGCUACCCAGUCCAUAAGCGUGUCGUGGAGUUCCGAGACAGGACGUCGGCAGUUCACAACAUCAGAGCUCAUUGGCCCCUCCGACGUGGUUUCGAUGCUUAGCCAGCCGUUGCUCGCUGCUGCGUCACGAGGCGAUGUCGUUCAAGUACAAGGGAUCCUCGAGCAUGCUUUGGCAGCAGAGCAUCAUGAAGACGGACGCCUAGCCGUUUAUGAGCUCUUGGCAGCCCGGGACAAAGAAAGCCGCAUGCCGCUCCACUGUGCUGCAAGGUAUGGCCAUGCCCAGGCAUGUGAACUACUGCUGGAUGUACGAGCCGAUGUCCACGCACAGGAAGGCCACGGCGCCACGUCCUUGGCCCUGGCUUGUCUGCACGGCCACCGCGCCGUGGUGCACUGCCUUUUGCGACGCCGGGCGCGGCCGGAGCGGAGCGACCACAGGGGCCGGAAUGCCUUCCACUUCGCCUGCUGCCACGACCCAGAGAUAGUCUGCGACCUGCUGCAGAAUUUCCGGGGCUUGCCGUUCUUGAAGGACGGGGAUGGGCGGAACGCGCUCUUCUUUGCCAUGGGCAACCGAAGCGAAGAAUCAAAGAUGGAGAUUCUCAGACUACUUCUGGAGGAAAAGUGCAGCGCACGCGAGGCCGACUCCUUCGGCUGCACGGCGCUGUCCUACGCGGAGCAAGCAGGCGAAGAGAAGGUGGUGGCACUGCUGCUUCGGGCUGUGGACUUGGAGAUGCCUUUGCACCUCCAGGCCUCGCUUCCGGACCGGCAGCCGGGGCCGGAGAGCGGCUCUGGAGCAUUGGGCGCUGACGGCGCUGACGUUUCUGACGUUCAGGGGUGGUUGACAAGUGCCCAUGACGAAGCCGUGCAGGUCACAGGGCGAGACGCAGCAGGCAGCGCGGAGCCAGUGGCGCUUGAGGAGCAGGGCGUGGACCAGGUGGCCGCGACAAAGACAGGCGUCGAUGCCACGAAGCCAGCUGGCAUGCCGGAGCAGGCCGAUCAUGGCUUGUCAUCAAACUGGUUUGCCUUGGAGGAGGCAAACCAAGACAUAUUGGUGUUUGUCGCGUUUGUGCCUGGUGUUCAACCAGUGGUGUUGUGCAUGCCGCACCUCAUGGCAGCCCAGUACAGCCUGCGGGAUACUGCCGGCCUGGUCGGCUUUUGCAGGGACGCCGAUGUGCGGCUCCUGCGGCCCCAGUACUUGCAAGAGCUGCACGAGGCCGGACGCGCGUGGCCCCGCAGGCAGGAAGCCGAGCAGGAGUACACGAAGGAUGGGAAGGAAGCGCUCUACACGCAGGAGGAGCUGCAGGAGAAGGUUUGCCUGGGCUGGGAGCGGUUCACGGUCUUCGCCCUGUCGCAUGUGUGGGAAUCGCGCGAGCAUCCGGACCCUGCUCGGCACCAGCUCCGGCCUCAGUCGUGCUCAAUGUGCAAGUAUCAUCUUGUUUCCUUGGCGGAAGUUGUGGUAGCGGGUGUAGCAGGUGUAACGGAAAGCUUGGCUUGGCUGGGAGUCCUGGUGGAAGCGCUGCGCGACUUCCGGGACUUCUUGCGGAAGCUCGCCCCUGUGGAGUCGGAGAGGGUCCACGCCGACUGGGAGGCCGCGGUCUUCAUAGACUACAGCUCCCUCUACCAAUUCCAGCGGUUGCCCCACCAGGACGAUGCGUCCUUCAAGAAAGCCAUGGGCAAUAUGCAUGUCGUCUACUCGCACGACGAGAGCUUCACUUUGCGGAUCGAGGGCCUCACCCCGGGGCUCCACGACCCCGACCGGCCCAAGCCCGAGCUUAGCCAUCAGAAAGUGUCCGUCUUCCACGUGCCCAGGAACGCCGUGGUGGACGUGUCCCUGGCAGAGCUCCGUGACACAAACGACAAGGGGAAGUGCCCGUCCUGUGGCGAUGAAGGCUGCGCCCAGCUCCACAGAAAUGGCGUGGAGUACCAGCGUCGCGGCUGGUGCUCCGCCGAAGCACAAUGGUCCGCCGCGAGGGCUGAGCCUUGGCACAGCAUCCCCAUCCCCUUCCGGGAGGGGGCGGUGGGCACCGCGCCGAUGGCGCCGGCGGAUUUCCGAGCCUUCGCGGAGAAAGGACACCUUCGCUUCACCCACCGCUCCGACCUGGAGCCCGUAGUCCAGCUUCAAGCCAGAGUCUUUGAAGAGAAGGCCGCUGCUUGCACGAGCCUCGUGCUCCCACACCUCCCAUCUGACGAGGUGAAGACACUUUGCUGCGCGUUGCCCUACUUCCCGAAGCUGGAGAAGCUGAACGUCAAUCGCAGCCAGGCCCUGGUGCGGGCGUUGCCUUGGCCGCAGAUGCGGGAGCUGACGCUGACCACUUGCCAACUCGGGGACGCGGAGGCGCAG